AUGCAAAACUCUCAUGUUUUCAUAAUAUUAAUUAUCUAUCUAUCUAUCUAUCUAUCUAUCUAUCUAUCUAACACAUUCUCAUUCAUAUCUAUCUAUCUCUGUAACAGAUUCUCAUUCGUAUCUAUCUAUCUAUCUAUUAUAUCCGCACUGACCAUGGUGACAUCCGUCUGUUGCUUUCUUUCUUUCUUUCUUUCUUUCUUUCUUUCUUUCUUUCUCUCUCCUCUACUAUUUCUGCGACCACAUCAGCUCUCUCUUUCUUUCUUUUUUUCUUUUUUCAUUUCUGUCUUUUUUUUCUUUUUCUUUCUUUCUUAUCCGUCAUUUCUUUUUUCUUUCUUUCUUAUUUUGUCAUUUUUCUUUCUUUCUUUCUUUCUUUCUUUCUUUUAUUAUUUCUGUCUUUCUUUCUUUUUUCUUUCUCAUCCGUCAUUUCUUUCUUUCUUUCUUUCUUUCUUUCUUUCUUUCUUUCUUAUUUCGUUAUGUUUCUUUCUUUCUUGCUUUCUUUCUUUUAUAAUUUCUGUCUUUCUUUCUUUUUCUUUUUUUCUUGUCCGUCAUUUCUUUUUUCUUUCUUUCUUAUUUUGUCAUUUUUCUUUAUUUCUUUCUUUCUUUCUUUCUUUCUUUCUUUCUUUCUUUUAUUAUUUCUGUCUUUCUUUCUUUUUUCUUUCUCAUCCGUCAUUUCUUUCUUUUCCUUCUUCUUAUUUCAUUUAUGUUUCUUUUUUCUUUUUCUUGCUUUCUUUCUUUUAUCAUUUCUCUCUUUUUUUCUUUUUCUUUCUUUCUUAUCCGUCAUUUCUUUUUUCUUUCUUUCUUAUUUUGUCAUUUUUCUUUCUUUCUUUCUUUCUUUCUUUCUUUCUUUCUUUCUUUCUUUCUUUUAUUAUUUCUGUCUUUCUUUCUUUUUUCUUUCUCAUCCGUCAUUUCUUUCUUUCUUUCUUUCUUAUUUCGUUAUUUAUUCAAUCCUUCCUAAUAACAAUUUCCCUUCUCUUUUUUCCUUCCUACCUGUUUUCAUGUUUUCCUAUCUAUCUAUCUAUCUAUCUAUCUAUCUAUCUAUCUAUCUAUCUAUCUCUUUGUGUUUAUAUCUAUCUAUCUAUCUAUCUAUCUAUCUAUCUAUCGCAAUCUGUUCAUAUCUAUCUAUCUAUCUAUCUAUCUAUCUAUUUUAGUCUGUUCCUAUCUAUCUAUUUAUCUAUCUAUCGGUCUCAUUUUGUUCAUAUGUAUCUCUCUCUGUCUUUCUAUCUGUCUAUCUAUCUGUCUGUCUCUCUGGCUGGCUUUUUUCUUUAUUUCUUCUAUUUUCUUUAUUUCCUCCUGUCUUUUUUCAUUCUUUCUUUCUUUCAUUCUUUCUUUCAUUCUUUCUUUCUUUCAUUCUUUCUUUCUCAUCUCGUCAUUUCUUUCUUUCAUUAUUUCUUUCUUUCAUUCUUUCUUUCUUUCAUUCUUUCUUUCUUUCAUUCUUUCUUUCAUUCUUUCUUUCUUUCUCAUCUCGUCAUUUCUUUCUUUCUUUCUUUCUUUCUUUCUUUCUUUCUUUCAUUCUUUCUUUCUCAUCUCGUCAUUUCUUUCUUUCAUUAUUUCUUUCUUUCUUUCAUUCUUUCUUUCUUUCAUUCUUUCUUUCUUUCUUUCAUUCUUUCUUUCUUUCAUUCUUUCUUUCUUUCUUUCAUUCUUUCUUUCUUUCUUUCAUUCUUUCUUUCUUUCAUUGUUUCUUUCUUUCUCAUCUCGUCAUUUCAUUCUUUCAUUAUUUCUUUCUUUCUUCAUUUUUCAUUCCUUCUUUCUGUCUUAUUCAUUCUUUCUUUAUUCCUUUCUUUCUCAUUCCGUCAUUUCUGUUUUUUUCCUAUUUUUUCGUUAUUCGAUUGUUUCUUUCUCUCUUUCUUUUUUGUUUUUCUUAUCCCGUCAUUUCUUUCUUUAUUUACAUCGUCAUUUAUUGCUUUCUUUGUUCAUUAUUCCUUUCUUUCUUUUCCCUUUCUUUCUUUCUUUUCCCUUUCUUUCUUUCUUUCUUUCUUUCUUUCUUUCUUUCUUUUCCCUUUCUUUCUUUCUUUUUUUUAA